GUGACGUUGAAGGAAACACUAUAACAUCAUGUGGUCACUGAAGUGAAGACAAACACCGACGUUUGUGAUCUGCAGCUACUGUACCAGUCAAUAUGCAUGUUUGGAUUUUAUUCAUUUUGGCUGCAUCCUUAACACCAGAAGGACAAUCCACAACAGGCUCCUCCUCACCCCACAUGUCUGACCCAGGCCGCAUGACUGGCUCUUUAGUCACUACUACUAUUUCUAAUACUACUACGUUUAGUGCUACUACUGUUCCUGUGCCUACAGUGCCUAAUGUUCCACUUAAUAUUAAUGAUCAAGCUAGAGAACAAACCUAUAUUAUUUACUACCCUGACACCUCUACCAGUGAUCUAAUCAACACCUCUAUGGAAAGUACUUCAGAAAACACUAAUCUAUUACCCACUACUGCAAAUCCAGAAUAUACUGAACUAAUCACUACCUUAGGUACUAUCAUUACCACAGAGGGUUCUACUCUAUCUGACACCUUGCAAAGUACUACUGAACCCCUGGAAACAACUAAUUCAACCACUGUCCAAAAGGUUACUACUGGAACUUCAGAAAGCAUUAAUCCAACCAGUGUACCAAAAAGUACUACUGUACCACCAGAAAGUAGUACUGAACCACCAGAAAGUACUUCUGUACCAACAGAAAAUACUAAUAUACCACCAGGAAGUACCAUUACAACCACUGAACCAGAAACUAAUAGUUCAACCAGUAUACCAGAAAAUACUUCUGUACCACCAGAAAGUAGUACUGAACCACCGGAAAGUACUUCUGUGCCAACAGAAAAUACUACUAUACCACCAGGAAGUACCAUUUCAACCAGUGAACCAGAAACUAAUAGUUCAACCAGUGUACCAGACAGUACUACUGUGCCACCAGAAAGUAGUACUGAACCACCAGAAAGUACUUCUGUACCAACAGAAAAUACUACUAUACCAUCAGAAAGUACCAGUUCAACCAGUGAACCAGAAACUAAUAGUUCAACCAGUGUACCAGAAAGUACUUCCGUACCACCAGAAAGUAGUACUGAACCACCGGAAAGUACUUCUGUGCCAACAGAAAAUACUACUAUACCACCAGGAAGUACCAUUUCAACCAGGGAACUAGAAACUAAUAGUUCAACCAGUGUACCAGACAGUACUACUGUACGACCAGAAAGUAGUACUGAACCACCGGAAAGUACUUCUGUGCCAACAGAAAAUACUAUUAUACCACCAGGAAGUACCAUUUCAACCAGUGAACCAGAAACUAAUAGUUCAACCAGUGUACCAGACAGUACUACUGUACCACCAGAAAGUAGUACUGAACCACCAGAAAGUACUUAUGUGCCAACAGAAAAUACUACUAUACCAUCAGAAAGUACCAGUUCAACCAGUGAGCCAGAAACUAAUAGUUCAACCAGUAUACCAGAAAGUACUUCCGUACCACCAGAAAGUAGUACUGAACCACCGGAAAGUACUUCUGUGCCAACAGAAAAUACUACUAUACCACCAGGAAGUACCAUUUCAACCAGUGAACCAGAAACUAAUAGUUCAACCAGUGUACCAUACAGUACUACUGUACCACCAGAAAGUAGUACUGAACCACCAGAAAGUAGUACUGAACCACCAGAAACUACUUAUGUACCAACAGAAAAUACUACUAUACCAUCAGAAAGUACCAGUUCAACCAGUGAACCAGAAACUAAUAGUUCAACCAGUGUACCAGAAAGUAGUACUGAACCACCGGAAAGUACUUCUGUGCCAACAGAAAAUACUACUAUACCACCAGGAAGUACCAUUUCAACCAGAGAACCAGAAACUAAUAGUUCAACCAGUGUACCAGACAGUACUACUGUACCACCAGAAAGUAGUACUGAACCACCGGAAAGUACUUCUGUGCCAACAGAAAAUUCUACUAUACCACCAGGAAGUACCAUUUCAACCAGUGAACCAGAAACUAAUAGUUCAACCAGUGUACCAGACAGUACUACUGUACCACCAGAAAUUAGUACUGAACCACCGGAAAGUACUUCUGUGCCAACAGAAAAUUCUACUAUACCACCAGGAAGUACCAUUUCAACCAGUGAACCAGAAACUAAUAGUUCAACAAGUGUACCAGAAAGUACUACUGUACCACCAGAAAGUACUACUGUGAUGAUUCCUACAUCUGUUGAAUCUACAACUGGACCUAGCACUGCUACCACCACUACUGCCCCCCCUCUUCUGUGUUUGAAUGGUGGGGUACUAUUGAACGGUGUAUGUGUCUGUCCGGAUGAGUGGACAGGCAACACAUGCUCAGUGGAAAAUUUCUGCAACGCUGAAGUUCUGGAAACAUUCAGAUUCCCGAGUACACCAGUUGGAUGGUUUGCUUAUUCUAUAGAAGUCUGCCCAGUGGGAACAAUUAGUGCUGGCAAACCAAAGGCUACAACAAGAUGUUCCAACCAGACUGGGUCACCAGGUUUUCAUCAACCCCACAUCCUCCAGUGUGAUCAGACACUCAACGACAUUCAAAAAAAUCUCACCCAUGUAGUGGAUUUGGAAACACUGGCAGCCAGCACUCAGAUUCUGACAUCCAACCCUAAAGAGCUGACGUCUGAAAAUGUUACAACAGCAGCUGAGAUUGUCAACACACUGCUGUUGACUUCUAACACCACACAGGGGGUCAGGGUGGCAGCAAUAGCUACCGUGAGUCAGCUGCUAAAUGCAAGUGUGUCAGACAACACAGAGGAAAGCACUGCUACUCUGAGCCUGACCAAGACCCUGGACCAACUCUCUGUGAACCUCAGCUCGACUCUCAACACAUCUCAGUCUCAGAUUGUUCAACCAAACCUGGUGGUCCAGUCGGUCCACAUCAAACAUGCUGACACUGAGGGUGUCCAGUUCUCAUCCCUCAUAGGUUUGUCUGGUAAUUUUGUGGCCAAUCGGAUUCAUCUGAACACUAACACAUCUACAGCGGUAAAUGGAGACACAGCUGAUGCCUUAAUAUAUGUACGAUUCCCUACAGCAUUGCUGGGUGUCGGUGCGCAUCAGAAAUCCUCAGAUGUGUCUCUGGGCUUCGUGCUCUACCAGAAUGAUCAUUUCUUCAAGUCAAGGCUCUACAGGAGGCGGCGGGCGACUAUCCGGGUCCUGUCCGGCAGCAUUAGAGGUCAGGACAGCGGUGUGGUGCCGCAACAUGUGGAGAUGCUGUUCAGACCAAGAAUGGUUGAGGGGACGUCUCUGUACGACUUCGCUUGCGUCUUCUGGGACUUCAGUCUUCAGGACUGGAGCACGGCUGGCUGCUAUAAAGCCAACACUUCCUAUGGAGAACUCAGAUGUUUCUGCAACCACACCACCAACUUUGCUGCUCUCUGGUCUUUCAGACAGAAUCAUGAGUACGCCGAGGCCCUGGGCAUCAUAUCCAUUGUUGGACUAUCUAUUUCUAUUGUGGGCCUGGUCAUAACAAUCAUCCACCACAUUAACGAGAAUUUCCUCAGAAAGCAAAGGAAAAACACAAACUCAAAGAUCGCUCUGUUGAGCAUCUACGUCAGUCUGUUGGCCUUCAUCAUCACCUUCCUCUGUGGAGUGGAGAACUCCAGCAGACAGGACGAUGCUCCGGUUCAGACCACCAGGCAGACCAACGUUAUGCUGGACUCAGAUGAACACGUUGAACCGGACCGUGGCUCGUGUUCGGCUGUGGUGGCUCUUCUCCACUUCUUCCUGUUGGCAACCUUCAUGUGGAAUACGGUGUACGGAACCCAGCUGGUGCUGCUUCUGAGGUCGAUGCAACGCAGUGUCCCUACGUACUGGACUAAAGUCAGCAUCACUGUGGGAUGGGGUGUCCCGGCUGUUGUCAUGGCGAUCACACUGGGAGUAACCUACAGGGUGGACAAUCCUCUGGGAUACAGACAGGAAGAGUUCUGCUGGCUGGCAGCUCUGGAUACGACCAAAGAGUUUAACUUCAGCAAACCAAUGUUCUGGGCCUUCCUUCUUCCGCUGGGUCUGAUCCUGAUGUACAAUGUCCUCCUGGUAGUCCUCAUCUCUUCCACCAUAUGUAGAGCCGCCAAACUCAGCAGCACAAAUCACUGGACCUUAACCAAGAAGUUCUUUACCAGUGUUUCUCUGACUGUGCUCCUGGGUCUGUCCUGGACUCUGGGGUACCUGGUCCUUGUCACAGCAGGACACGCCCACCUGGUCUUUAGCAUCUUAUUCUGCCUCUGUACAACCACACAGGGUUUUCAGAUUUUCAUCCUGUUCACAGCCAGAACUCGGAGCUUCAGAGCAGCGAUGUCUCAGUCUGUGCAGUGCGCCUCCACCAUCAAUAUCCCGCUCCACACCACUACGUACAGCUUUAAUAAACACAAGGACAUUCCAAGCACAGUUCCAACAGAGUCCUACAGAAACCUGGGAGACGAGCAGAGAUUCACAAGCAAAGACCUGUAGGAACGGAAUGAAACCACAUUAAGAAUGUUCUUUGAUCCACAAAAUGUUAAUGUUCAUCAAUCAGUUCUUUUUUUUUUACUGUUUAUUUUUUAUUUGUUUUCUGCCCCCUGGUUCAGGAACUGGGGGUCAAUCCUGCCUAGGGCACCGAAAUGGCUACAGUAGGGCCGGCAGUGCACCUGCUCAUUUUUGUUAUUAUUAUUAUUGGCCUGGAUAAGUUGUGUCAUGUAAAUUAAAGUUCUCUCUAAUGUUUUGUGGUCUUGUUCAAUUAAUGAACUGCUGCAGACAUAGAUUUAACAUUUGCUGCUCUCACUUUUACUCAUCCAUUUAGAUUUGAGCCUUCACUGAACUAAAACAUCUGUUCCAUCAAGCAAAUACCUGCAGAUAUAUCUCCGAGGUGCUAACUGAUCAAGACGCUCACUUGAUGGUCUGACUUGGUGUUUCAAGAUUUACAGUAAUUAGAUUGUGUUAAUGAUUUGUGUGCUUUCAACUACAGAGGUUGUGGUUUGUCAGCAAUAAAAUUGAGUCUAACACAACGCCACUGUACCACUGGGGGGCGCACAUACCACACUGAUGUGUCACGCUAAACCCACUGAGCUCAACACACUCAUAUUCUAGACCAGCCAUAAUAUGGGAUAUGAUAAAGAAUAAAAUCUGAAUAAAUCUGAUGUG